AUGGAUCCCAAGAUUUCAGACUUUGGGUUGGCAAAGAUAGUUAAAGACCGAGAAACAGAAGCUAAUACCACAAGAGUUGUUGGAACCUAUGGCUAUAUGUCUCCAGAAUACGUGCUAGACGGGUUGUUCUCAAUAAAAUCUGAUGUUUCUAGCUUUGGAGUAGUUGUACUCGAGAUUAUACGUGGGAAAAGAAACAAUGGUUAUUAUCAUAAACAAGAAGCCUUUAGCCUUAUAUCCCAUAUAUAUGAUUGUUGGGCUUUGUGCGUACAAGAAGACCUUGUAGAUCGACCAACAAUGGUGAAUGUGGUUCUGAUGUUGGGUAUGGAUAUUGGGAGCCUCCCGGAUCCUAAAGAACCGACUUUUGUUGUGUCUAGAAGAAGGAUUAGAAGGCUGCCACUAUCUGCAGGUAAAUCAAAGAUCACUCAAUUGACUAUCAUCAGGGAAGAAGGGCGUUAG